AAAGCAGCCCCCGCCAAUUUCAUUCUGCAAAAACAAAAGACUGACUGACCCCAGCCGAGCUGAAACGCCAACUCCCACUCCCUGCUGAAUACGACAUUGUCGUUUCAAUUCAUUUCCUUCUUUUUCUCUCUCUCGCCAUCAGCGUUUCCUUUUUUUCGCACCCAUAGAUCCUUUCUUGCUUUUUCUUCUCAUCGCUAAAAUUCAUCUCCGAAUUCAAUUUUAAGUAAUAUUUUUUUUUAAUAAACAAGGAGAGCUGGAUCCAUUACAGGAACCAGCGCAGUCCUUGAAGGCAACCGCCGCGGCCAACGGCCAGAUCCGUUAUCGCUCCCCUUCCUCCGCCGAACUCUUAGAGACUGGGGCUUCCUCUGCCACCACCAGUUCUUCCGCCGCCGCCGCCAGUUCUCCCACCCAUUCCGACCACCUCCUCCACCAAUUGCCCUCCGAAAAGAUGAAGCGCCCGGUGCCUCGGCAUGAGUCUUUGUUCGAUAAGAUCCACAGGUACCGGGGUGUUCUCUUGGUCAUUUCGAUCCCGCUUCUCUUGAUUGCAUUUGUCUUGUUCGUCAUGCCAAGUCGCUCUCCAGCCGCCGUCUUGGAUGAGUACGAGUUUAAUAACCGGAAGAUGUCGCCGAAUUUGAAGGAUGCAAAUAGAUACGCGGUUAUUUUUGAUGCGGGUAGUUCAGGAAGUAGAGUGCAUGUCUAUUGUUUUGAUCGAAAUAUGGACCUUGUUCCCAUCGGCAAAGAUCUCGAGCUUUUUCUCCAGAUUAAACCAGGUUUGAGUGCAUAUGCAAGUGACCCAGAUGCUGCAGCAAGAUCUCUUCUUCCCCUGCUUGAUAAAGCAGAAAGUGUAGUACCCAAAGAGCUCCGAUCGAAAACACCUGUCAGAGUUGGGGCUACUGCAGGCUUGAGGGCAUUGGGUGGUGAGGCAUCAGAAAGAAUUUUGGAUGCGGUUAGGGAUCUUCUGAAAGAUAAGAGUACCCUGAAGUCUGAGGCAGAUGGAGUAACUGUUCUGGAUGGUUCUCAAGAAGGUUCAUAUGAAUGGGUGACAAUAAAUUACCUAUUAGGAAAAUUGAGCGGAUCAUAUUCUGAGACAGUUGGAGUGGUUGAUCUUGGUGGUGGAUCUGUUCAAAUGGCAUAUGCUAUCUCUAAGAUGGAUGCUGAAAAGGCUCCAAGGGUAUCAGAUGGAGAGGAUUCAUAUAUAAAAGCAAUGCGUCUGAUGGAUACUGACUAUUACCUAUAUGUUCACAGUUACCUUCACUACGGUUUAUUGGCAGCUCGAGCAGAAAUUCUGAAGGUUUCUGAAGGCUCUGACAAUGCAUGCAUCUUGGCUGGUUAUGAUGGGGUUUACAAAUAUGGAGGAAUAGAGUAUAAAGCAUCAGCUGCUUCUUCUGGUUCAAGCUAUGAAGGAUGCAGGAGUUUUGCUUUGAAGGCUCUCAAAGUAAAUGACUCAGAAUGCACGCACAUGAAAUGCACAUUUGGUGGAGUAUGGAAUGGUGGAGGUGGGGAUGGACAAAAAAAUAUGUUUGUUGCUUCAUUCUUUUUUGACAGGGCUGCUGAGGCUGGUUUUAUUGAUCCUGCUCUACCUGUUGCCAAAGUUCAUCCUGUGGAUUUUGAGGAGGCAGCUAAGCGCGCUUGUGAAACUAAACUUGAGGAUGCAAAAUCUGCAUAUCAACGUGUAGAGGUGGAUAACCUGCCAUACCUAUGCAUGGAUCUUGUCUACCAGUAUACAUUGCUUGUAGACGGAUUUGCUCUUGAACCAUGGCAAGAAAUUACAUUAGUGAAGCAGAUUAAGUACCAGGAUUCCCUUGUUGAAGCUGCAUGGCCACUGGGCAGUGCCAUAGAGGCUGUGUCAUUAUCAACAUGAUUGUAAAUUACAUCCUGCUUGAUCAGCAAGUGGAAAUUCCUCGCAUUUAUCAGCUUGUAACAGAUCUACAGAGUUUAUAAUGCUUGAGAAGUCACCGGCACGUGAAAUGGAAAUUGGAUUUUGUCCAUGUAUCACAGGAAUAAUGAGAAAGGAAUAGCUCCAUUUACCAUCAUUUGUAAUUACAUUACAAAAGGUUCAGAUUUAUGAUUUUUGAGAGAAUGAUUCAAUUCA